ACAUUCACAAUGAAUCUCGCCCUUGCUGCAUUGGCGGUCGUUUUCGCUGUUUGUCCGUUUUUCCACGGGACUGAAGCUGCGUCCAAUGCGAUCGGUGAGUGUGGUGGUCGCCUCAUCGACGUGCUCGUCAGAGUCUGCAAGGAUCACGGAGACAUACGCUCUGACAAAAGAAACGAUCCUUACUUGAUGAUGCCAUGGGGACAUCGCUGGACGCGUGACGCGAAAGACACUUGCGCCGGCCGCUUCGCAAACCUGCGGUGUAUGUGUUGUAGGAGCGCCUUCGGACCCUGUUCCUACGAAGAAAUGGUCGUACACCACUGCCAAAAUCCUCCACAGGACAUGCGAGAACGCGUUCUCAGAAUCAAUGAAGGCCGUCGUUGAGCCCUUUAGGUCUCUCAAACAACUCGGGUAGUCUGGAUCAGGGAAAAUGAAUUUUGGAAGCUGUCGUCACGAACUGUU